UAGGGUUUUAAAGGCUGUGACCUUUUGGAAGCAGAUUGCCACGCCUGUUUCCCAUAGUGCCUCUGGGUGGGGGGUCGAACUGCCAACUUUUUGGUUAGUAGUUGAGCAUUUACGGUCAAGUGUUUUCACUGUUUAUGCCAUCCAGAGACUCCAGUAUAUAAAUGGCCAGUGGAAGAUCAUUUACUAGAAAAAGGAACUUCAUGGUAGAGGAACUAAAAAUGUCCUUGGAAGCCUUUGUGUGGAUCAGAACAGUUUGAAAAACUGACAUUUGCUAUGAAAAAGUGAGAGCCCUCAGGAAUGUUUAUUAUGUUGAGUAUAGAAUCCACAACUUGAUUACCAGUUUUGCUGCUGGUUUAUCAUGUAACCUUGGAUGACUCAUUUAAGCUCUUUUUUUCCUAGUUUCCUGUCUAAUGUAGAGGUGACAAUAUUAGCCUAAAGAACUUCUGUAAUUCACAAAUAAACUAAUUUCUGAAUUUAGCUGAUUAUUGGAUAUUUUAAGAGUUUAUUUUGUCUUGUAUAUAAUUUAUUUUGCCUAAAAAGUUAUUUCAAAUUGUAUUCUAUGGAAAUGCACAUUCCUCUGAAGUGCCACUUGAAUUUCUUGAAGGAAGAUUUCCUCAGGAUAGCCUUGUCUUUGAGGUUGUACGCUAAACCUCUUUUAAAGGGAAGGAUAUUCUAAGUGUAAAAGCACAUAAAGGGAUUCCACAUCCUCCAAAAAAAAAUUAAUGAUAAAAAAUGGGCUCUUUUUCUUUUUGAAGUUAAGAUUUUAAUUGUAUUAAAAUCUUACUAUUUUUGUAUCUUUCAAACUACUUAUUAAACUGUUUGCCACAACAGAUAGUUCAGUAUGGCGAUUAUACUUUAUCAUAAACUUUGAACAGAAAAUCAAGCAUUUGGGAAUAAGGAAGGAUGUCCCCAACAUUGGUUAUGAGCAUAAACUUUGGAGUCAGAGCUGGAUUUGAAUUCAUCUUCUGCACUGUGACUUUGAGCCCAUUUCUUCACUUAUAAAGUGAAGAUGCAUAGGGUAGUCUGGAAUAUUACAUGGGAUAGUUUAAGAACUCAGUAAAUGGAAACUAUUAUUACUCUUUGGGCUACUUUUCUCUUUAUUAAUAUUAAAGGAGUUGGCACAUAAUCUUGGUAAUCGAAAUAGAAAGGAAGAAUAUUCACCUAUAACUCUGCCACCUCGACAGAUCAGAUUGUUUUGAUUUUUAUAUAUUCUUCAGACUUUCACCUUAGGUAUACAUAAUGUAAAAAUGUAAUUACAUUUUUGCAAAAAGUCAAAUUUAAAACAUUGGUUUGUUAACUUCUGAGGGUUUUUUCUAACCAUGUAGGUAGAACUUUCUGGUUCUGUCUUUAUUGUGAUCUGGUGAAGAAGCAGUAGAACUUCCCAUUAGUACAGUUUCCACUUGCUUUCCCCAUUCCAAAAACCAAAACCUUUAGUUGCAAUUUUAUUUAAUAAUUCAGAUAAUAAUCAUUAACCAUUUUUGAGGACUUCUUUUGUGCCCGCAUAGUGCUAAUAAGUAUUGUGCAGUAUCUCAUUUAACCCUCACAACACUUCUUUCAUCUAGGUAGUGUUAUCCUUCCCAUUUUGUGGUUAAGAAAACCAAGGCAUACAGAGAGAAUCCACCAAGUCAAGUUCUGGAGCAACCAUUCAAGAGUAGGCAAUCUGGCUUUAGAGGACAGUGCUGUAUUGGGUUUUAUAUUUUUAGAUUCAUGAUAUUGAUGUUAGGUCAUAUAUGUAAGCAGUAGUUGAUCCUGAGGGUUGAUUUACAACUUCUUCGUAUAAAAUUAACAGUAUUUUUACUUUAUAACUUGUUUGACCACCACCUUUUAACAGUAUUUUUAUGGGAAAAUAAUGAAGAAUAGCAAAGUGUUUAGUCCCUUAUUAGAUGAGGCAUUUGCCUAUAGUUUUAUUAGUUGUGGCAGUAAAAACAUGAUUUAUAUACAAGGUGAGUUAUUGUGACUAAACUUUCCUUUUUUUUUAAUUAGAGGUUCAUCAUUUGAAAAGUAAAUUGAACACAGAGUUUAUAGUGAAGGAAAAAUAACUUCUUUUUUAAUGCAGUGUUUCUUAAACUUUAUAGUGAGCAUCAGAAUCACUGGUGAACCUGUUGAAACAUGAAUUCUGCAUCAGACCCUCAGAGAUUCUGGUGUAGCAAGUCUUGGGUGGUGCCCAAGAAUUUUAAAUUUCUAGGAACCUCCCAGGUCAUGCGUAUGAUUCCUGGCUAAUGAAUUUAGUAAGGAAAAAAAUAUUAGCAGUUGUUAUCCAGAUUGUUGACUUGCUAAUGAUACCCCAGUAGCAAUGAGCACUCAGAUCUUGGUUUUUAAACAUUAUUUUCUGAUAAGAGAACCAGGAAUUCUAGGGGAGGUAGUUGAUUCCAGGGCUGGGGCAGGGAAAAUACAAGAUGAGCCUUUGAGUAACAAAAUGAAUAAUAGUAUUGAAUUUUAACUUAUCAGGUAAAAUAAAUAUCCAUAAGUCCAUACUGAUAUAAUAGAAUAAAUAAACAAAUGGGGUAGAAGGAACAACUCUUCCUUAUAAAAGUCCAGUUAAUAAAGAGGGAAAUAGAAAAUCACCAUUAGGCAAACAGCAGAGUAGUAAUUAUUAUAGACAAAAUUCCCCUAUGGUGACAGUGGGUAAAACAGGAUAUUUGCAUAGUCUUAAAGUAUCUUCACCAAGACAAUUAUUAACUACAAGGCAAAAUAGUAACUUGGUGGUGGAGAUAACCACGUUAACCAGUGAUUAAGGUUAACAUUACCAGUAAUAAGAUGUAGGGAUAUCAUGAACCCCAGGAUAUGAGGCGGUGAGAAGGACACAACAUCACUUUUGUGGUAUUAUUCUUAUAAAAAAUGUAUAACCUCUUUUAAUCGUCAGAAAACAUUAGACACACCCAAAUUCAGGGAUUUUCUACAAAGUACUGGACCAGUACUGUUCGAAAGUGUCGCGGUCACAAAAGACAAGGAAAGAUUGAGGAACUGUCACAGAUUGGACGAGACUAAGGAGCAAUAUUAACUAAAUGCAAUAUGUGAUCCUGGAUUGGAUCUUGGAACAGAAAAAGGACUUUAGUGGAAAAACUGGUUAAAUUUCAGUAUGUCUGUAGUUACUGAAUUGUACAAAAGUUAACUUCCUGGUUUUGGUCAUUGUACUUUAGUUAUAUAAGAUGUUGACUUUAGGGGAAGCUGGACAAAGGGUAUAAGGGAACUCUGCACUAUUUUUGCAACUUUUCUGUAAGUCUAAAACUAGUUUAAAAUAAAAAGUUUGAUGAAAAUGUAUUAGUUUGAAGUAGAUACUAAAUGUAGUUAGGGGAGUUGAGCUAAAAAUCGGUUAUGCCGGCCACUAUCUGAAAUCUUAGCACACUCUUAGAUUCUUUGUGCAUUGCUUUUUGCCUUUACGUGGUCAGUCUAAACCCGAGGUACAUGUCAAGGGAGUUGGAAGGGGUAAGGAGAAGGGUAGGUAGGAAAAGGAAGACUUUCUGAACUCAGAAAAUAAAAUACAGUAUGUGAACUACUCUAGGUAUUCAGUUCAUAUGUAAAAAAAAGUUUCCUAAGGAAUUAAUUGGAGUGAUUUUUGUUUCAAGUUUAGUACUUUUUCAAACUUCUUCCCUUUCCGAAAUCUGGAAUCAAUCACUAAUUAGUUAGUGAAAAUACUGGGAAAUGGAUGGAAAAAUUGUUAGAAUAAUAAUACUGGGAUAUUAUGACAAUGGAUAUGGGGCAGAGGAAUGGGCAAAAUUUAGAAAUUUAGUAUUAAACACACAAAAAAUAGCCAUUACAGAUACAGAAAUACCUAAGCUUGGCACCAGGCAUCCCUGUUGAAAGCUGCAUGUUAACCUUGAAGGUUUGGCUGCUGGUGUUUUAAAUUGAAACUGUAAACAAUUUGAACCAUGGACUUUUGAUCCAUUAGGGCAAGGUAGACCAAACUGUACCAAUAAAUUUCUAAGCCUGUUGUCCUCCUUUAUGGUGCUCCCCCCUCCCCCACAACAAGCACACCUAGUACCCAGAUCUUGGUUUCUAAAUAUCAUUCUCCAAUAAAAGAAACCAGGGCUCCUUGGGGGAAUCGGUUGAUUCUAGGGCUGGAGCAGGGAAAAUACAUGAUGAGCCUGGAGCACAUAGUAGUGUCAGAAAGCAAAUGCUCAGAAAAACAAAAUCAUGGGAGCAUAUCAAAAGGAUACAGGAGCCAACCUGAAAGAGUUCCCAAUGGUCAUGGAACAGUUUGAGCAAUAAAAUAAACAACAUAGUAUUAGAGUACAACCCAAAGUAUAAAAUAAGUGUUUACAAGUUGAAAAAAAAUUUUUUUAACAUGUAGCUGAAGAUGAUUCAGGACUCCGUGAAACGUAUCUAUCCUGGAUCUUUUUGUAUGAGGGGUGGUUUUUCCUACCCCAAUAUAUACACACAGUUGUAGAGCCUCUGGAAUUUGGCAAACAGCUUGUGCAGUGGAUUUUCUAAAGUUUACAAUCACUGCUUCAGAACAGCAUUAUCUUAUAAGAGUUAAUUAAGAAUGCAGGCUCUGGAACCAGUCUGCCUGGAUUCAAAUUCUGGCUCCUCUACAGCUACCUGUGUAGCCUCGGGCAAAUUGCGUAACCUGUUUCCUUAACCAUAAAAUGGGGAUAGUAAUCCCUGUUCCGAUUUUUUAAGGAUUAAAUGAGUUAAUACAUGUGAAGUGCUUAGGAAGAAAGUGGCACUCAGUAAAUGUUAGCUGUUGUUAUUACAGAGUUAUUAUCUCAGAGACAAAGGGUUGCUGUAUACUGUUGAAGACUUGAUCAAGUGAGGUUCUUUGGGCUGCAUCUUGCCUGGGAGAAGGGUGCCUUUUUCUAAUUUCCACAAAGGCAUCAUAUGAAAUAGCAACAUUCCUGCACACAGAUGCAUUCCUUCCUAACCAUGGCUGGUUAUCACUGGCAGUGAAUUGUUGGUUCUGUUUCGUUAGAAAAGCACCUACUAAAUUUAGCUAUUCAUCCUAUUCUCCCGUCUCCUCUGAGUGAGGAGAAUAGGAGGCUGCCUGCUCUUUUUUCAAGAUAAACUCUCUUUUCCAUACCAGCAUUAGGUAGGCCUCUUUUAUUUUUGUGAAAAAGGUAGCUGCUUACAAUUUCAUGAGAAGAACCAAGUUCCGUAUCCUUUUGUAGAGCUCUUCUUUAUCCCACUAUAUCAGUCAUCCUCUUUGCCUCUGAGCAAAGUAACUGUUCCUGCUCUUCUGGUCCACACUGUGAAAAUUUGGUUUUGCCUUAAUCUUUCUUUAUCCCCACUGCUGUUUCCAUGCUACUUCUUUUUUUUUUUUUUUCUUUCAUUAUUUAGUUAUUUUUAUUGUGGUAAGUAUAUAAGUAACAAAACAUUUGCCAUGUCAACAAUCUUCAGUUGUUUUUUUAAAUUAUAAAAUAUUGAAUACAGAUUAUGUAAACUAUUAGGAUAUAUGAUACAGUGAACAUUCUUGUACCUCCAUCCAGUUAAAGAAAAAAUGAUUAAGAUUAUCGUUGACAUGUUCUGUAUGUCCUUCCUGAUGCCAUCCCCUUCCCGCUCUCAUCAAAGUCACCAUAUAUAUGCCUUAUUUCCUGGGUCCAUGGGAAGCAUGAAUCUAUUGUAAUCUGGGACAAGAAGAAAACAAGACUUCUUCUCAAGGAACACCAGACACUAACAAAAAGUAUCCCAAGCUUUGAAGGAGGCAGAAUACAAACAUGACCGAUAGUGGACUUAGUGAUCCUCAAAAGGAUUCUCAAAAGGAUUUGGAAAAUGUCCCAUCAGUAAAUUCUCAGGCACAGGAGACCACAGUCACAGCAAGUGCCACCAGAGAAGCUCAGACCCCACACCCUGCCUCUGGUGUUAACAAAAACCACCAAGGGGUAGAGGUAAUAGGUCCAGGAAGUGCAGAUGAAACAACUGAUGGGAAAUACCCAAAGGAUGAAGCAGAACAGGAGACCAAGUGGAGUUCUCAGGAUGGAGAAGAAGGGCAUCACUUCCAUCCAGGAAGUCUGGGUGCAGAAGCCUUGGAUCCAGAUCCUAACCGUUCUCCAAGUGACAGGGGAGAAAGGGCAGAUGCACACUUAGGGAGCCGCUCUGCAGCCCUCCCUGAGGAAGCCAGUGUCAGAACCACAGCUUCCCAGGAGCCACCUGCCCCAGACUCCCAGGAUGCCCAGACUCCUGGUCGUUCCAAUGCGGGGCUGGAGAGCCAGUACACACUGAGGCGGCGGCCGGCAGCACCAGAUUCUCAAAAGGAUUUGGAAAAUGUCCCAUCAGUAAAUUCUCAGGCACAGGAGACCACAGUCACAGCAAGUGCCACCAGAGAAGCUCAGACCCCACACCCUGCCUCUGGUGUUAACAAAAACCACCAAGGGGUAGAGGUAAUAGGUCCAGGAAGUGCAGAUGAAACAACUGAUGGGAAAUACCCAAAGGAUGAAGCAGAACAGGAGACCAAGUGGAGUUCUCAGGAUGGAGAAGAAGGGCAUCACUUCCAUCCAGGAAGUCUGGGUGCAGAAGCCUUGGAUCCAGAUCCUAACCGUUCUCCAAGUGACAGGGGAGAAAGGGCAGAUGCACACUUAGGGAGCCGCUCUGCAGCCCUCCCUGAGGAAGCCAGUGUCAGAACCACAGCUUCCCAGGAGCCACCUGCCCCAGACUCCCAGGAUGCCCAGACUCCUGGUCGUUCCAAUGCGGGGCUGGAGAGCCAGUACACACUGAGGCGGCGGCCGGCAGCACCAGAGGUCGGAAGUCAUGUACAAGAAGCACAAAAAUUGGAAGAAAACAAAGAGAAUGCACAGGACACCAGAAGAAAGAUAUUAAGCUGUUCGGGGUUGCAUGGAUACAUCGUUAUUGCCCUCCUGGCCAUGGCUCUGUGUAUUUUUUUGCUAAGUCCUAUUAGUAGCUACUAUUUUUCUCAAGCCCAGCAAGUGCCCAAAAAUGAAGCUUUGGAGGCCUUCCUGGCUGAGUUCACCAAAUUGAAGGAUAAAUUUCCAGGCCAGAGUUCCUUCCUGUGGCAGAGAGGAUGUAAAUUUCUACAGAAGCACCUCAAUGUUUCAAACCCCACAGAGCCAGCCACCAUCAUAUUUACAGCGGCUCAGGAGGGAAGAGAGACCCUGAAGUGCCUGAGCCACCACAUUGCGGAUGCCUACACCUCUUCCCAGAAAGUCUCUGCCAUUCAGAUUGAUGGGGCUACAAGAUCCUCGCAGGACAGUGACACAGUCAAGCUGUGGGUCGACGUGGAGCUGAGCUCUGGAUUUGAGAAUGGCCAGAAGGCUGCCGUGGUGCACCGCUUUGAAUCCCUUCCUGCUGGCUCUACCUUGAUCUUCUACAAGUAUUGUGACCAUGAGAAUGCAGCCUUUAAAGAUGUGGCCCUGGUCCUGACUGUCCUACUAGAGGAGGAAACAUUGGAAGCAAGUGUAGGCCCAAGGGAAACUGAGGAAAAAGUCAGGGAUUUGCUCUGGGCCAGGUUUACCAACUCUGACACUCCCAACUCCUUCAACCACAUGGACUCAGACAAAUUGAGUGGGCUGUGGAGCCGUAUUUCACACCUGGUGCUGCCUGUCCAGCCAGUGAGGAGCAUAGAAGAACAGGGGUGCCUUUUAGAAAGCUAAGCACAGAGUUGGUUAUAGAAGGCAUAGAUUUUUUUAAAAGUCAGUUUAAAGGACUUCCACUUAUGUGGACAGUGGUUGAUAAAUACUAGGAAAUAGCCAGAAAAGCACACACAAGUGAGCUUAUUUUAGAAAAAAAUUUUCAAUUUCUACUUUUCAUAAUAUUUUUCUAAUCAAAGUGUGUCAAAGCUAAAAAUUGACCUGAUUUUUCCCCUCGCCUUUCAGUGUGGCAUAUAUAACUGAGGAUUUUUUUAAAUCCCAAAAUACAGCAACGAAGUAUUUGCAUAGGAAGAUAUUCUUGCUUCCCAGAGUAACUACAGAGUGAUUUUUAUUUCCUUGAAUGAGACUGUAAUGAACCUUCUUGCUAGUGUUUGAGUAAAGCAAUUACAGUUAUGAAGCAAUGAUAAUUUUUAGAAAAAAAAUUUUAUCACGUUAAAUAUUUUAAAAACUCAGUUUAAUAACCUUGUUGUGGGAUUACAUUGUAUACUAGCACUUUUGACUAGUAUGAAAAAAGGAAAUAUGGAUCAAACCAUCCUAACUUAAAUACUUACUGUCAGGCUCUAUGCUUUUAUUCCGUUAAUGAGCUGAAGUAAAAGAAGCUGUACUCAGGAAAUGUUCUUUUAAAUGGGGAAAUUGUUUAUGAUCAUUGGAAAUGAAAUUCCAGUUGGCUCUAUCUUUACUUCAGCUCUCUUGAGUGAUUUAGAGCCAUGGUUUUCAAACUACCUACACCCCUUCCCCUUUGAAUGAGAACAGUUCAGCUUUUGAUUAUUUUAUAUAUUGGGUUCUCCAUAAGAUGUAAUUGGAACAAAGAGUUCCACUGAUAAUGAGGUUUGAAAACCACUGAUUAAGUGAAAAAACAUCUUAGAAGAUUAGGAAAUAGGUAGAAACGAAUGUAUUAAAACUUAGGAGUAGGAAGAGUGAGGGUGAAGUACAGCUUUGCUAUGUAGAAGCACUGCUUAUGAAAGCACUACAGAUGAACAGCAGAAUGCAUUUACUAGCAGGUUUCUGGUGCUUUUGUUAAUUUCUCUUAAUCAUCAUUUCUGUCUCCCCUGAAUGGAAUUUCAUAAUUGUCUAGGAUGAGAGUUUGAGUGCCCCUUAAGCAGAACAGAUUUUAAUAACCAGUCUAAUAGUAGGUCUUAUAUUUUAUAUGGGCACAUUGGCAUAACUUUACAAAACUUUAUUUGCUGUGCAGUGAUGGAACAUUAUAUAAUGUGGCUCAUUUCUUGGCCAGUUAGUUAGAAGUACUAUUGUGUUAAGAAUUAAAGAAAUGCAAGAGAUGUUAUACAUACUGAGAGGAAACAGAAUGGUAGAUAGAUUCUCAAAGAUAUUAAUGGCCAAUAUUAAUGGUUAGACCAUGUUCUGUAAUUAUAAGAAAGAUUGAAAACAGGAUUUAUUGGAGAUAGUAGUUGAUUUGCAUUUGAUCUCUGAAAGCAGUCUUGCAAAGUGACUGAUUCUCACCUAAUGAAUGGUCUAUUCUGUGAUGUAGCAUUUUGAGGAACUAUCCUAGAUCCUGGAAUGUUUUCACUAGGUUUUGGCCUCUUCUGCUUAUG